AUGAAGUUUGUUGCGACUGACCGCGUAUUAUUCUUCUCAGCAAUUAUCUGCACGUGCCUUACCUUUCCAACCAUUCCACAGCGGACCGAAGCAGUGUCAAGCAGACUUGUCAAGAGAUAUGCCAAACGAAGCAAUGCAUCCGAUAUGGCGGAGAUGAUGCUGGAGUAUGGCGAUGUGAAUUAUGAUGGACUCCUGACGCAAUCAGAAGUACUCUUGUUUUUCAAAAAUAGUCUCGAAUUCCCCGACGAGGAAGCCAACCAGGUUUCAUCGAAAAUGAUUGAAUUGGGGGAUCUCAGUGGGGAUGAAAAACUUGAUUUUCUGGAAGCGGCGAUAGCCAUCAUGAUUAUAUCCGACACAUGGGAGAGUGCACUGAUGUGACGUCAUAUCAGCAAUGACGUCAUAUAUUUGUGACGUGAGAUAAGAAGGGUGACAUGUUGAUGGAUGGACCAUGAGAAGCCUAUAAAAACCUCUGUUGCUCAAAAAGAACAAUUUCGACGUAUUUUUUUAAUCCCACAUUAACUAUCAACCAAGUUGUGGACUUACAAACAAGUAUAAUACAUUUAUAAUUGUCCGUCCUUUAUGUUCAGUGAAUAUUUUCUUAAAACCCAAACUUACUUAUGCUGGGAACAUAUUUCAAUCAUUUAAAAUCAUUUAAUGGGAACAGGUAAUAAACCAUGAAGAAUAAUACACAAGUGACUUUACUUAUUAAAAAUAUUAAAGUCUGAAAGUAUUGUGUUUGCUGGAAACAAUUUGCAGCUAAUAUUUCUUUUUAU